AUGUCAUACACAAAUCAAAAAGUCUCCAGCCCAGUCCUUGGCCAAAGAAACUUCGCAUAUGCGAGAAACCACUUUCCAGCCAGAAGCCCAAUCCUUGGUGGGAGAGACAGCUCUGAAGAUGAAUCAGAAAAUGUCUCUGAGACCAAGUAUACUGCUGCACAUCCUAGAAUGUCUCGCAGAAAGGCAACAGGUCGCUCUUGGCCAUGGUUACCACCUCAUGCCUCGAGAAAACCACUUACAGCUAUGGCACGACCAAUUACUGAACGCCAAUUGAGCUCAUCUCCUGAAUUUACUCCUGUAAGCCCAGCCUUUACUCCUGCGGGCUCUAUCAAUCCACGCUCUCCGGAAUUUGCGCCCAGAAGCCCGAACUAUAACUCAGGCUCUACCGGUCCCUCGAAUGCUCUUUAUGCUCAUUGUCAACCCCAGCCCCAAAGCCCAGCACCGGGCCCUUCUUCGCUCCCCGAUUAUCAAUCUCCGGGAAUGACUUAUCGAGAAAACUUUACUUCUUAUAGGGCCGGAUCACAAGAUUCUUUUGCAGUGCAACCACAACCUAUGCUUCCAAGCGCUGCCAAUGAUUUCUACCGAUCUCUGGGAAGCAUGGACAAUUCAAAUUAUUCAUGGACACAUUCAAAGGUUUCUAGCAGAAAGCGACCAUUCGAACAAGAUGACGAUUCCUUCGCACCACCUUCUAAGCGACAAGAGAAUAGUGCAACCCAGAUGUUUGGACUUUACAAUGAGGCCACUGCUAGAGCAGCAGAUCAAAAUGCUCGCAAUAGGUCCUACGCCGUUAGCAACCACAGCAUUACUCCUGCCGGAGAAGAUGUCGAGAUGAACAACUCUAGAACUCCCGCAAACUCGAACAAUUUUGCUGGAAUGGUUUAUGCAGCAGCACCUUUAACACCAAGAGGACUUGCUGCCGAUGAAUAUAACAGACCUCAAGCAACAUUCCCAUGUGAGAUUGAAUACACUACUACUGAGACGGCCUAUGGACCCAAUUAUUCAGGCGAACCUGGUUUUGUAAUUCAACAGAAGUCUAUCUUUGCUCCUGCUCGUAGCGCAGCUUCACCCAAUUCCGCUGUUGCUGUCGAACAAGUGCAUCGCAAUAGAAUGUCGUAUGAUUCCUCUGCCGCACAAACCUCACCACAACUUCCAAGCUUUGGUUCUCUAUUCAGUGGUCUAAGCUCUGUUCAAUAUCCACAGGUCUCAUCAGACACUUCGAGCCAUGAUUAUCCCAUGGAGCCCUUACACAAUGUUCAUAACUAUGUCGAUCUUAUCAGUCCAUCACCACAACGUUCAAUUCGUGCUGAAGUCUUCCACUCCCUCGAGGCCCGCAAUGGCUCUGCUGAUUCAGAUACUGUUGAUCUGUAUUCUCCUUCUCCUGAUAUAUCAGAGGGCUCUAUUCAAAAUGCUGAGAAUCAAGACUCAAUUGAAAAUCCUCCCAUCGAAUCUUCCCAAGAGGAGCAUCCAACCAACAGACAAGAAACAGAUUCCGUUACUCUUGCAGAAGAGACUCCUCGACUAUCCAUUGAGGCCCCUGAUAAUUUCGACAAUGAAUUAGUUGUCUCUCAUCACUCCAAUAACAACAAUGACGAUAACAAUAGUAACCAGUUCUCAACCCUCCGAGAAAGAGUAAGCAAUCUCGGGGUAGAAUUAGAUGAAGUUCAUGAAGAAUUACACCAAUACCGCAUGGAUUUCAACGAUUUGAAACCCCAAAACAUUCACCACAAGACACAAAUUUCAACCCUAUCUACUGACGUCGAAGCACUAAAACAAGAAGUCCUAGCCCAAUCCGAUCAAACCACACAACUGCGCAACGAACUCAACACACUCAAAGCAGAAGUUUCUGAAAACCAAUCUCGUUUCGAAGACUUGAUCAAGUUGGUGGUUGAUGUAACUGAGCGAUCCGAUCUUCAUGGUGAAGAAAUCUUGAAGCUCACUGAGCGAGAUGAGGAAGCAGAUGCAGAGGCUGCAAAUAAUGACAAUGGCAAUAACGUGGAUGAAGUUGCGGCUUUGAAGGCAGAGGUUGCUAGACUUCAAAAGGAAGUCCUCACAUUACAAAAUGAGGCAUUGAAGAAGGAGAUUGCGGAGUUGCGCGCGAGUAGAGGUGUUUAG